CUCAUCAGUCCCAAUUCCCAAAUCCCAAACCCUAGAAAAAUCUCUGGCGCACAGCUCGGCCGCCAUGAGCGCCCCAAUGGAGGUAUCCUUCUCCGCGCCCGCUCCCCCUCCGGACACUGCGUCCGCCGCCCCGUCGCCGGUGCCUGCCGCCGCGGUUUCCUCCUCGCUGCAGCAGCAGGCGGCGGCCGCCGCGGUCGCUCCCUCCCCGGCCGACGACAAGGUCCUCGUGUCAGUUGAGGUGCUGCUGCACGCCGCUAGCGCGGCUCGCCACGAGGACGUCCAAGCGGCGGUAGAGAGGAUGCUAGAAGCUCGAAGCUUAAGCUAUGUUGAUGGGCCCGUGCCGAUUCCUGCUGAUGAUCCUUUUCUUCUUGAAAACGUCAAAAGGAUCCACAUUUGUGACACUGAUGAGUGGGUUGAGAAUCACAAAGUUUUGUUAUUUUGGCAAGUCAAGCCUGUUGUGCAUGUGUUCCAGCUGUGUGAAGAAGGUCCAGGUGAGGAACCGAGUGAAGAUGAUGCGCUCUCUAGCUUUAAUGAGUGGGCUCUACCAGCCAAAGAAUUUGAUGGUUUGUGGGAAAGCUUACUAUAUGAAGUUGGUCUCAAGCAGAGGUUGCUGAGAUAUGCUGCCACUGCAUUGUUUUUUACUGAAAGAGGUGUGGACCCAUGUCUUGUUUCAUGGAACCGGAUUGUACUUUUGCAUGGUCCACCUGGAACAGGAAAGACGUCCUUGUGUAAAGCUCUAGCGCAGAAACUUUCUAUUCGCUUCAAGUCCAGGUAUUCUAUGUGCCAAUUGGUUGAAGUCAAUGCUCAUUCAUUGUUCAGCAAGUGGUUUUCUGAAAGUGGAAAACUGGUGGCCAAACUUUUCCAGAAGAUCCAUGAGAUGGUGGAGGAAGAAAGCAACCUCGUAUUUGUGUUGAUAGAUGAAGUUGAAAGCCUUGCUGCUGCCAGACAGGCUGCCAUAUCUGGCUCUGAACCUUCAGACUCCAUUAGGGUUGUAAAUGCGCUGCUAACACAAAUGGACAAACUGAAGUCUUGGCCAAACGUUAUCAUUUUGACAACAUCAAAUAUCACCACAGCUAUUGAUAUUGCGUUUGUUGACAGGGCAGACAUCAAGGCAUAUGUUGGACCCCCUACACUUAUAGCACGAUACGAGAUUUUGAGGUCAUGCAUACAAGAACUCUUAAGAGUUGGUAUUCUUACAUAUCCUCAAGGCGGUAGUCUGCCAUGCAUUCUGAACUAUUCGACCUUGAAAGAGAAGAAUCACUGUCCUGAGGCUGCCGAAUCCCAUGGUGUGGUUCAUCUCUCAAGCUUACUCCAUGAAGCCGCAGAACUGUGCGAGGGACUUAGUGGUCGAUCAUUGAGGAAACUCCCUUUCCUGGCACAUGCUUCUGUCGCCAGCCCUUCGUGCUGCGAUGCUUCUGCCUUCAUGCAUACGUUGAUACAGACUGCUCGAAGAGAGGUCUCGGAGUCACGUGGAUAGUUCAAUCUUGAUUUUUUUUUUUUUUUUUUUUUUUUGUGUGGUAAGAGCAGAAUACCAACAGCUCAUUCCAAGUGCCAUGCCCCUGAAUCGCUGAUACGAUGCAUAGUUCAGACUAGAUGUACACAAUCGUCUAAAGUACCUAACAAAUCCAUUCCAUCUCUAGGGUUAGAAUGGGAAUCCAGAAUGGAUGGAAUCGGUGCCUCCCUUAUUGUUGUUUCCGUACCUUUUGAUCUUCAGUAAAUUUUUACACGGUAUGGGAAUCCGUACCAUGAUGGACA